AUGGUAUCUCAACUUGAUAAUCGUGUAACAUACGAUAAUGGACCGACCAAUCCUCCAACGGCCUUCUUCUUCGGUCCAAAGUACUUGGCAAGAAAUGUUUAUCAGCAGAGCCCAAUUCAGGAUUGGGUGCUGGCUACAACACUAGCAAGGCCACUUUACAUAUACAGUGAGGAAGACAUAUCGAAAGAGAUGGUUCUUUCAAACAAAAGGUAUGGAUCAGUUAGGCGAGUGUUCAUUGUGGCUGCUGAAGAUAAAACUCUAUUGAAGGAAUUCCAAGAGUGGAUGAUUGAAAAGAACCCACCCGAUGAAGUGGAAGAAAUCCCAGGCUCCAAUCACAUGGUCAUGAUGUCUAAGCCCCUUCAUCUUUUUAAUCUUCUCCUGCGCAUUGCACAGAAGUGA